AUCAUGGAACCACUGCUUAUCAAUGUCUUGCUUACUAUUUUAUUGCUUGUAAGCUUUAGCUUCCUUGCAAGCCUCUUCAAUGCUCUGGUAUUGGAGCCAAAACGGCUUCGUUCAAAGCUUGAGAAGGAAGGGAUCAAAGGUCCUCCACAUUCCUUCUUGCUUGGGAAUAUGUGGGACUUGUUGAGCCUUAAAUUUAAGAACUCAAAGAGGCCUCAACAAGGACAGCAAAUUUUAACACACAACUGUGCUGCUUUUGUGUUUCCAUUUCUGGUUAAAUGGAGAAAUCAGUACGGUCCGUCAUUUGUGUUCUCGCUUGGGAACUUACAGAUAUUGCACAUGAACCACCCGAAUGCAUUGAAGGAAUUGAGCACAUGCACUUCAUUUGAGUUGGGAAGACCAACCCAUCAUCAUUACGAUGCUAUGUUGGGUGAAGGCAUUAUUGCGUCCAGCGGUCGUGUAUGGGCACGUCAAAGGAAAAUCCUUGCUCCUGAAUUAUUCGUGGACAAGGUCAAGGGAAUGCGAAAAUUAAUGGAGGAGUCGGCAUUUAUGGUUGCCAAUGCAUUGAAUGAAAAGAUCGAGAAAGGAGGAGGAGUUGCAGAGCUAAAGAUCGAUGAUUAUACAAGAAGCUUUGCAGGAGAUGUUCUCUUAAAAGCUUGCUUUGGAACCAAUUAUGCUCAAGGCAAAGAAAUUUUCCUUAAGCUUAGAGAUUUACAGGACGUUUUGGCUCCGGUUCUUUUGCUCCAAUGGAUACCAGGAAUGAGAUACCUGCCAACAAAGAGCAACAGGAGAAUUUGGAGACUGGAGAAGGAAAUCAAGGCUUUAAUCUUGAAGGUGGUGAAGGAAAGAGAGGAAGCAAAAUCAAAUCCGGAGAAGGAUCUCUUACAAAUUAUCGUUGAAAGUGCAGAAAGAAGUGAUUUAGGGCAGCAGACCGACAGCUUCAUCGUCGACAAUUGCAAGAACAUAUACUUCGCCGGCUAUGAGACCACCUCAGUGUCCGCGGCGUGGACGUUGAUGUUAUUGGCCCUUUAUCCCGAGUGGCAAGACAAAGUUCGUGCUGAGAUUCUUGAAAAUUGUGGAGGUUUGUUGCCGGAUGCCGACACGCUCCGCAGGAUGAAAACUUUAGCAAUGGUGAUCAACGAGUCGCUCCGCCUAUACUCGCCGGCAGCCAUUGUACCUAGGGAAGCACUGGGGGACGUGAAAUUCGGAGGCAUUAACGUUCCCAAAGGAGUUGGUGUUUUUGUAUCACUGAUAACGCUGCACCUAGACCCGGAUCUAUGGGGUCCCGACGCCGACAAGUUCAUCCCAGAAAGGUUUGCCGAUGGGAUUAGUGGGGCAUGCAAGGUUCCAUAUGCUUACAUGCCGUUUGGUGCAGGGCCUCAUACGUGCAUAGGACAACACUUCGCCAUGAUGGAGCUCAAAAUAUUUCUCGUUCAUAUGCUAUCCAACUUUGCAUUCACUCUUUCACCAAAAUAUAUACAUUCUCCCUUCAUGAAUUUGGUGGUGGAGCCUGAAUUUGGGAUUGAUCUCCUGGUUACAAGGCUUUGAUCAAGCCAGAAUAUGUAUGGGAAGAACUUUUAAGUUUAAUUCCGUUGAUUAUAGAGUCAUCCUAAUGAGCUGGAAUUCAACGGAUCUAUUUACAUAUAUUCCCUGUACUAUUAUAAAUAAAAGAACUUUGUUAGGUUUGUCACAACCGUCUUUCGGUUGGGCCCCAGAA